AUGGACAGACAGGGUGUCUUUUCUUCCAACACAGAUGUGCAUUAGUAAUGUCCGAAAGACCAUGUGACCUGGGCACAGACUGCCAGACAAAGGCUGAAGCUGGUGGACAGAAAUGAGAGCUGGUGGGCUGAACAGAAUGUAUGUCAUGAAUAGCAGAAUAAGAGACGGAAAAAGAAUAACACACGAGGUGAAAAAAAGGAAGUAGAAAAAAAGGUGUGGCCAACUAACGGUUUGAUUUUGCAUCUGGACUGUUUAACACUAAAUCCUGAGACUAAGAGACCACCAGCAUUUUCAGCAUGGCAAAGAAGAGUGUCUGGACAGGAAGCGCAUUAUUACUAUUCAUUUGCUUCUUCAGAGCGUAUGCUGGUGUAAAUGAUUCACUCUCAUCGGAAGUCGGAAAUCACACUUCCCCUCCUUCGGUCACAACAAUAUUAGCCAAUACAGAUGAUGUGAAAACAAUCAAGCUUAAUACUACUAAAUCACCCAUUACUGUCCAGCCUGGAAAUGAGACUGCACUUGUUAAUGCCACAGUGAAGUCCCUGAACUCAAGCAACUACCAAAACCAUACCAAAGCCAGAAUGGAAACCACUCAAGUUUCGACGACCACCGGAUCUACAAACACAAGCCUUGCUCCAAGACCCAGUGAUCGUAUGAAGAUUGAAUGGGAUAAUAAAUGGGAGGAGCCCUUCAAAUAUGAUUAUACCUCUCUGAGGCAAGCAGGACUAACAAUAGCUGCUGUGCUCUUCAUUAUGGGCAUCAUGUUGAUUGCAUGUGGAAAAAUGCGAUGCAGCCGCCGUUGUCAAUUGACCAAAGGAAGGUCCUAUGAAGUGACCAGGAUGUAACUCAAAGCAAAAAAGGGCAAACAGCAGGACCAUAAGCAGCAGGACAGAAAUCCAGUCAGAAUGUUUCACUGCCCACUGUGUGUGUGUGCAUAUGUAAAUUAUUUUUUAUUAAUAAUUAAAAAUAAGGAACAGUGGAAAGUUUUCUGUCUAUCCCAAGUACUUAAACCCCAGUAUUCUGUAUAAGUGUAUAUAUUUGCAGUGUAAACUAGACCUCCUGGUUUAUAACAAAAGAAGUGGAGGGGAAUAAGGACAUGUGCCUUCACCCUGCACCAAAGUUCAUCCCGCUCCCUUCCAGACAAACCGCACACACACCUCUGACUAACACAUCUCUGACACACACACACACACACACACACACACACACACACACACACUAGCACAUCCCUGACUGUCUGACUCUGUCUGCCCUAUCUGUUGUCACACUGUUCCAUGCCUGUGUUUCCUUUUAUAACACUGAAUUUAUCACUUAUAUUUAUAUGAGGUAAAAAAAAAUGUAUGGCUCAAAAGUGCCAUCAAGAGGGCUAAAAGUAUUUCCUUGAACAAAUCCAACAAUUUGUAGACAUCUAAGAAGAAAUAAAGCUGUUUUUUGGGAUGAGGUAA